AUGAUUGUGGUGAACACGGCCCAUCUGAACGCUAUCGAGGAGAUUGAUCACGAAAGCCCCUCCUCGCCAGUCCAUCAAGGUACCACAGCAAGACUUCUUCCGUUCAUCCUCCCUAGGCUUGAUUUCGACGAAGCCGUACCAUUUGCCGAUGCCGAUAACGACACCUUUGUACAAAACCCUACGCCAACACCGCUUCAGUCUAACAGCCACGAACAGCCCGCGGCGGCGGGUACCUCACAUAACGAAGAGCCAGUCUGCCAGCAACCACAGCCCUCCGGUCCAGAGAAUGCCAGUGACGUACCGCAGCUCGACGACUUCAAGGUCGAAUACCACCCAAGCAGCGGAAUACCAGCACGCACCUAUCAGUUUGACAAAUAUCAACGGGAGCGCCUAACAGCUCCACCUCCUGCCAAGCUUCUUGAGUUCCUUGCUGUACCAUGGCAUCCAUUUUGCUGCCGCGACGACUUCGAGUUUGCCGAGGUCGUUCUCGAGGCUGGGAUGAGUCAACCGCAGAUCAGCCGUCUGCUCGCAGUAGUGAAGCACAUUCAGUCCGGCAGCUCGGAGUUCUCUUUCACUUCGCAUAAGGACAUUACUACCGCUUGGCAAAGAGCUUCACAACAUCAUGCUCGGUUUAGCAAAUAUACUGUAUCUGCCAUGUACAAUCAAGAAGAGCAUUCAUUUGAUGUCCACGCGCGGCCUCUGUGGGAAUGGGUCCUUGAUCAGGUGAAAAAUCCCCUCCUUGCCUCUAGCUUUCAGUGGGAUGCACAGCGUCUCUACAAGCACGACGGAACAUCUUGGGUGCGGUUUGUUGAUGAUCCGUACACAGCAAACCGAAUGUGGGAUGCGCAGUCGGAGCUACCGCAGGGCGGAAAGCCUCUUGGACUAAUUCUUUCUGCCGAUAAAGCAAAGCUCUCAAGCUUCGGUACACAGAAUGGAUAUCCGGUGAUCGCGCGGAUCGCAAAUCUGGACGUGGAGACGCGGAACGGCAAAGGUGCCGGUGGAGGACGAAUUGUUGGGUUCCUUCCUAUAGUGCAUGAGAAGGCAUUCGGCCAUGGAAAACCAGGGUUUGUGAACUUCAAGAAUGUUAUUUGGCAUAAAGCAUUCUAUAAGGUUAUUGAAACAAUCGAGAAGCUCUCACGCAAGAAGAAAUUUCUCAAGCGCAUCUCACUUCGAGAUGUCCAGAACGUCUUCUGGAACCUCGCUCGCUCGGACCCGCACAAGACCCUUUCUUUUGACCGACUCCAUGCCUAUCACCUGGGGCUUUUUGGCAAGCACCUCUGGCUAGAGUUCAAGCUAGUGGUUGAAGACUUGGACAGAAAUGUCCGAGUAGCUAUUGACAAUCAAGCGAUAGCCUUUCCAUCAUGGCGAGGUCUGUACCACUUCGCAAAAGGUGUUCUUCACAUUGAGUUUUCCGACGGCUCGAAGUAUGAGGAUCUGUCAAAGAUCCUUGUGUUUAUUUCGUUCCGGACAUUGACCCCAGAAAUCAGUAAACGCGGUUAUGUCCUGCUGAAGCUCAUUCGCCGGUAUGUUGAGUGCGAUAUGUAUGCAAGCUUCGAGGUACAUACAACCAAGACUAUUGAGGCCUAUAGGCGGUCCAUCCAGCAGUUUUAUGAGACCCUCAAGGAGUAUACUCCACUCUGUGUUGGUGAUAAAAAGCUCAAGGACUGGAAUUUCGCAAAGAACCAUUCGCAUAUCCAUGCCCCCGAUGAUAUUCUUGCCAAAGGGGUCAUGCGAAAUUUUAGCACACGGAGAGAUGUGGAAGGCCAGCUUGCAAAAGUUGAUCACUGGUUUUUCUGUGCUUACUCACUCCGGGAUCGGAUCAAUGCAUACGACGAUCUUAUGGACAGCAUUCUCGGCAAGAACAAUGACCCCGUCGACCCAGCUACAGGAAAGCUGCGAGCAGAGCGUUUCCAAUUCAACCAGGUCUAUACCGGCGGUCGAGAGCACCCAGCAUCCCUCGAAACAGUCGAGCAGAGCUAUGCAAACCACCCAGCUUUCCGUAACUUUACUUCUCGCCUCAAUGACUAUCUGACUGGCUGGCGGUCCAUCCAGCAGUUUUAUGAGACCCUCAAGGAGUAUACUCCACUCUGUGUUGGUGAUAAAAAGCUCAAGGACUGGAAUUUCGCAAAGAACCAUUCGCAUAUCCAUGCCCCCGAUGAUAUUCUUGCCAAAGGGGUCAUGCGAAAUUUUAGCACACGGAGAGAUGUGGAAGGCCAGCUUGCAAAAGUUGAUCACUGGUUUUUCUGUGCUUACUCACUCCGGGAUCGGAUCAAUGCAUACGACAAUCUUAUGGACAGCAUUCUCGGCAAGAACAAUGACCCCGUCGACCCAGCUACAGGAAAGCCGCGAGCAGAGCGUUUCCAAUUCAACCAGGUCUAUACCGGCGGCCGAGAGCACCCAGCAUCCCUCGAAACAGUCGAGCAGAGCUAUGCAAACCACCCAGCUUUCCGUAACUUUACUUCUCGCCUCAAUGACUAUCUGACUGGCUGGUUCAAAGAGUUACCACCGGAAGAGCUUCCAAAUAUUCCCAGAGACGCUUCUGGGUGCAUUCAAGCGAAGCUGAAGCUUUUGGACAAGAUAAUUGAAUGCCACUAUCUUCGAGUAGACUACGAGUCCAAAGUCACCUGGAAGAUGGUCACCGACUAUCUACGAUGCUCUUCAGACUUCCACAAAAGCCGCGACUCUGCAUCCCUCCAAUUUUCUUCUCCCUUUCCCUCCGAUUUUGAUCCUUCUGCUCGACUGUAUCCAUCACACACCCUCACGAACGUCAUUAUCUAUGGCGUAGACCUCAGCACCAACACCCACAGCAGCUCAGACGGAUUUUCUACUCCCCGUCCGACUAUCGAACUCCUGCUCGACGAGAUUCUCAACAGCGACAGACCUGGUGACUGCGAAGCGCUGCACAGCACCGAAGAUUUCGUGCUACAGACGAUCACCCCGUCCCGCCUCAGCCCGAGCCUUGUGCCCAGCGCGACCCCAGUCAACAGUAAAUGGCCAUCGCUCAGCCUGCGCACUGCAAACGGCUCGCGGUCUUGA